AUGGCUGGCGAGUUGCAGCUCGCGACGGCGAGAGUGCAAUCUUUCGUCUGCGGAGGGCUUUCCGCUUUUGGUUCAAAUGCAGACUUCCAGUUGGGACUAACCGACGACCCGGGGAGCGACUUGGAGCCCGAGCUGGACGAGGACGACCAAGAGCUUGAGUUCGGUUGUGCCGACCCACGUCGCGCUGAUGUUGUCGCACCGCGUCCGAUCGAACGGCUGGCGGGCCGGACGGGCGUCGUGGGCCCGCCGUGCGAGGUGUCAAGCUUCCCGCCCGAAACGCGAGUGGCGCUAGUUGCGGCUGGCGUCCACGAUACGCUCUGUGUCACGGCCAACGGCGAUCUCUACAGCUGGGACUGGGUCGGGGCCGAGCCCGUUCGCGUGGACGCCCUGGCAGCCCGCCGAGUGGUGUCCAUUGACCACAAGGACGGCCUGGCCAUCGCAGUGACGUCUGCGGGGAAGCUUUUCCUCUUUUGUGCCGGCUGGAAUCUGCCGCCGCCCGUCUUCCACUAUCUGACUGUUGCGUCCGACGGCAGGCUCUUCACAUGGGGUGAGGGCGCGGAGGGCAAGCUCGGGCACGGGGACGAGGAGGAUGUGAUGACGCCGCGAGUCGUGUCCAGGCUGCAGGGCAGGCCCGUCGGUCUCGUGAGCUGUGGCACACUGCAUACAGCGGCGACGACGGAUGGCGGCUCGGUGCUAUGGACGUGGGGAUCUGGCUCUUUCGGCUGCCUCGGUCAUGGGAGUGAAGAGAACCGCCUCGAGCCGACGGAAGUGGUCCUUGAUGGCUUCGGCACUGACAUGGUCAUCCAAGGAGGCGUGAUAGUCGAGGACAACCGGGGCGACGACAGCGCUGUCGAGCAUGUCGAGAUAGUAGCUUUGUCGUGCGGAUGCUUCACGACUAUGAUCGUGGACACUGUCUCAGGUCGGCUGGCCUCCAUGGGUUGGUGUCAUGCUGGACAGCUUGGGCUGGGGGCGCAGGUGGAAGGGCUGGAGUUUACGUGGCAACCGCUCGCGGUGCUAGAUGUACGACCUGAGGUGGCACCGCACGCUCAGUCCGAGUCGGGCCGGUGA